AUGUCAAAAUUCGGUGGCCAAAUUCCUUCGCAUACAUACAACUCUUCCAGCCACGUCAAGUUCUUGGAUUUCUCCUUCAAUGAAUUCAUUGGCCAGAUUCCUGAUGUUUUAAGGGGAUGUUUCAAACUGGAGGUUUUCCGUGCAGGUUUCAAUUUUCUCACAGGAUUGCUUCCAUCUGAUAUAUACAACACAACAACAUUAACAGAAAUAUCAUUACCUGGCAAUUAUCUAUCAGGACCCCUUGGUGAUGAGCUUGUUCAGCUCUCCAACCUCACCAUUUUUGAGCACUACUCAAAUGAAUUGGAUGGCGAGAUUCCUCAGGACAUUGAGAAGCUUUCCAGACUGGAAAGACUUCCUCUACACUCAAACAAGCUUACUGGAGAUAUAUUGGCUGUUGACUUCUCAAGACUCCAACAACUUAGUACUCUUGACUUGGGAAACAAAAGUUUAAGAGUCGUUCGACUGGAUGUUAAUGAGCUGGAAGGACAGAUUGUGCCUGAAAUGGCUGCAAUGCAAUCUCUGUCCUUCCUCACACUUUCUGCCAACAGGCUAAUUAACAUAACAGGGGCGAUUAGGAUUCUGAUUGUCAUCCUCUCUCAAAACUUCAUGUAUGAAGCAAUGCCAGAUGGAAAAAGCAUAAUGGAUUCAGAUGGGUUUCAAAAACUACAACUUCUACAUCUUGGGGGGUGCCAGCUUUCUGGAAGAAUGCCAUCCUGGCUUAUUAAGUUCAAGACACUCAAGGUUUUGGAAUUUUCUUUUAAUCAACUCACAGGCUCAAUACCUAGUUGUUUGGGAUCUCCACCCAGACUUUUCUAUCUAGAUUUGGCAUACAACCUCUUUUCAAGUGAAUUUCCUCAAGAACUUUGUAGAUUGUCUGCACUGAUUUCUAGCCACUACGAGAAACAACAGCCAAAGUUUGGUCUCACCAACAUACCACCAACAAUAAGAUUGAGAAAAAACAGCCUAAGUGGCAAUAUCCCUCUUCAGAUUGGUCAAUUGAAGUUUCUUCAUGUAUUGGAUCAAAGUCAAAACAACUUCUCAGGCAGCAUUCCAGGACAAAUAUCUAAUCUUACUAUUAUAACGAAAUUAGACCUCUCUGAGAAUCAUUUGUCUGGAGAAAUCCCAAUGUCACUACAAAAUCUCUAUUUCUUGUCUUCGUUCAGUGUGGCAAACAACAAUAUUCAAGGACAUACCAUCGAGGGGUCAACUUGCUACCUUUGA